UAUUUCAUCCAUCUCGCCUUCACCUACUUUCCCAUUCAUUCAUCUUCCAACUUUUUUUAUUAUCUUCUCCUCGUCGUAAAAGGCAAUUGAAAAAGGGUGCGAAUUUAUUUCCUCCUCUUGUUAUUGCAUGGAAAUGAGUUCAGGAUGCAGUUAAGGCUGAAGAAAAUUCUUGUUUGUUUCCUUCCUUCCGCUUUCUCUUCCAUCCAGAUUAAGAAAGUGGGAAGAAAGCAGCAAAUUUGAACAAAUGAGUGCUUAUGUUUUCCUCCCGCAAGCCGCCACAAGUACAAACAGAGGAGAAAGCACGGGUAUCAUCUCCUCUCCCGGUGGCACGGUGUUGUUGACUGAUGACAGAAUUCUGGGGAACUUUGAGUCUAGUACAUCUUAAAAGCCUGCUGUUCUGUUCUGUUGGUUGGCUACUACCCGGCUUGGUAAACAAGUAGUUGGGAAACUACACUACAUUCGCCGGUAUUGAUUUAUUUCCUCGGGAGGAGAACACAACAAAAUAUUGUGAAGAGGCCACAUCGCGCAGGCAAGUACACACACAACAGGGAAAGCAAGCAAGCAAGCAAACAUGUAUGUUUGAUGAUGUGUACUGCUUUACAAGUUCAGUACACAAGUUGAUCUUGCCCUCGAUACACUCAUCGCCUUUCUCUCUCCUCUCCCAUUCCCGUGGCUGCUGCUAAACCUUACCUCCUCUCUCUCUCGGCUGCCUUGAUGUACAAACAAUUCGACCAGACCAGAACCAAUACCAUUUUCUUCUUGAUAAGAUAAGAUAAUACAUAGUUGAUAAGAGCAACAUCCGUCCGUCCACAGUGAGACGAACGAGACCCAGACCAACGUCUGACAGACUGAGACGACAGCAUCGUUUUGAGACCAAGAAGACGUCGCAGUGCAAGCCAGACUGUGUAGUCGUGUGAUAAUAAAUAUUUCUAUUUUGUGGAAACUCUCUACGACCACGACCACGUGUUGGAACCGGUAAAAAAAGGAGAGAGAGAGAACUUUAAAAGCUGGCAGACUUGUCGUUUUCUUCCAGAAAAAAAAGAAACUUAGAGUGGUCCACUUUCUCUCCAUGUCAUUCAUUCACGAAUAUGUAGAAGGUCACAGAUAUAUCUAUUUCUUGAGAAAUUAACGUAACAAAUCACGCUUUCCUCGACGACAUAUCCGGCAUAUCGUGUUCUUCUCGGGAACUUGAGACUAUAGCGGGUGUAUAUUUUUAAAACGGUCGCUUUCACCGACACCCACCCACCCACCUUACUUAAAUAGUCUGAAGAAAAUCAAUAAAUAGAGGAAUUGGACGCCAGGGAGGGAGAAGAUUGGUAGCAAAGUUUGUGAACUUUUGAGGCCAUCUCGAUCCAUUCUGAAGCAGGACCAGAUGCACGUACCUGUGUGGGAUAAGGCUGAAGACACGCUGUCACCGGAUGGCGCAAUAAUGGACGGAGACGGUGACGGUGAUGGCGUUAUUAAUCUGUCGCAACGACCCUCCGCUGCAAACACGCCGAACGGAAGCAUCGAGUACGAGGACAGUGGCCAGACGCCACCGUUGGUGAAGGCGUUGAAACAGCGGCAGAAAGAACUCCAGAACGCGUCGCCCUUCGAUGUGGUCAAGAUGCGAGAGAUUUGUGCCAAGGAGCAGCAGCAGCAGCAGCAGGGCAUGAUGAGCAAUAGGAAUGGUCAGCAGCAUGGAAGAAGUCCAUCCCCCCCAAACUGUCCCCUCCAGCAGCAACAAUCCUCCAACAAUAACAACAAUCCGUGCCUCCCCGUCGUCUCCCAUGCGGGUGGGGGGAAUAAUAAUAAUUGUCCUGCCGGAAACCCCCUCCUCCUCGGCCCCAACAUCCACCAAAUGCAGCAACUCAUCCAACAACAACUCAUCACCCCGACACAACUGCAGCAACUGAUGCAACAACAAACGCUCCUCUUUCAACAACAAGUGAGUCUCAAUUUCCCCAAUUUCUCCCCCUCUUCCGCUUCCGCUGCGUCACAGGCGAGACUUAAGCACAGCCAACUUUCUCCUUCCUCACUUUCCCCACAGCAACAUCAUCAACUCGCGGAAAUUAGUAGGAAACAGUUGGAACAAACGUUGCAGAAUUUGCAGGAACAGCUUCAGUUAAACCUUCUCCAACAAUCGCAUUUAUUCCAGAGUGGGGACAAGAAAAAGUCAUCCGGCGCCCUGCAACAACUCUCCGCACAACAACACCAACUCAUGCAACAACUUCAGCUGACACAACGCCAGUAUUUGAUCCAGCAAGGGAUCAACAUCCCAAAUAUGGUGGGGGGUGGGGCAGGUAUGGGCGUAGGAAGUGACGACCACUGGAAAGAGGAGCCUCGACAUGACGGCAUUGUGGAAAUGUCCCAUCAAAACGGUUCAAGUCCCAAACACCUGCCCAACGGUUUGUUCAUGCUGAACCCGGGGAAGAGGGAUGGUGGCGGUGGCGGCGGCGUGAAUGGCAUUUGUGGCGGCGACAGUGACAAAGGAGAUUCCGUGGAGAAAUCAAUUAGUCAACAACACCCACUUUACGGUCACGGGGUUUGUAAGUGGCCAGGGUGUGAAACCGUGUGCGAUGACUUCUCUUCAUUCCUCAAGCAUCUGAAUACAGAGCACACGCUGGAUGACAGAUCUACGGCACAAGCAAGAGUUCAAAUGCAAGUGGUCUCACAAUUAGAGUUACAAUUAGCCAAAGAAAGAGAUAGGCUACAAGCCAUGAUGCAGCAUCUUCAUAUGAAUAAGCAACACAAUUUAAAUAAUAAUUCCCUCUCCGGUGGCCCUGGAGGGAUGUGUCCCGACUCGCCCAAGAACCCCUCCUCCCUCCCGAAUGAACACAGUCAGAGCUGUCAAGGCGGCGUCAACGGGAAUCCCAACUCGCUCUGUGGUCCCCUCCAACCUGGGAACGGGGCCAUGGGGAAGUUGUCCCUAAAUCCAAAUAUGCUUAUUCCCGGCCUCUCCCCCACCGGACUGGCCGCAGCGGCUGCCGUGGCGAGUGGGCGAUCUCCAGGAAUGCUCCAACCUCCCAACCCCAACAUGACUGGCGCUAUUCGACGUCGUGUUAGUGAUAAAGCGUCUCUUCCGCUUUCUGGAGGCCUUCCGUAUUUGCUGGAGAGAGCAGGACUAGAUGUUCAGCAAGAGAUCCAAAGAAAUCGGGAGUUUUACAAAAAUGCUGACGUCCGACCUCCCUUCACGUACGCGUCUCUCAUCAGACAGGCAAUCAUCGAGUCUCCCGAUAAGCAACUCACACUGAACGAGAUUUACAACUGGUUUCAAAAUACGUUUUGCUACUUCCGGAGAAACGCCGCAACGUGGAAGGUAAACAUAGGUUAUAAGAAUGCGAUCCGCACCAAUCUCUCACUGCACAAGUGUUUUGUGCGGUAUGAAGAUGACUUUGGAUCCUUCUGGAUGGUGGAUGAUGCGGAAUUCGUCAAAAGGAGACAUCUCUCACGAGGUCGUCCACGGAAGUAUGAUCCCACCCCGUCACCCUCACCAUCAUCCCACCAUCCACAAGCACAGGGAAUGCAAUCCAAGAGCCCUACUUUAACGCAGAGUCCGAACACCUUGUAUGGAGACGCGAUCAAUGCGAGUUUGCAAGCUUUAUUUCAGGCCGCAUUAGCGGAUGGUAACAUGCCCUACAUGGGGUCCAUGAAUGCUAGGAGUGUGAGUCCCGAUCAAGCCCCGAUGUCCCCUGAUCCAAGAUCCUUACGGGGCAGCCCUACCGGGAUGAUAAAGCGUGAAAGCAGUGCGAGCCCCUUAACCAACGGAAUCCAUCAUAAUCAUCAACACUUGAAGAGGAUGAAGCGAGAAAUGGAGUUGGCCGAGUACGGCGGACACUACAGCGGGGGAUCCUCCGACGAUGGCGAGUCCGAAGGUCGCGACGAGCGUGACGACGAGCUCAUAGGGAUGAACAAGUCCGAAGAUCUCGCGGAAGACCUCUCCUUCGCGUCCUCCUCCCACACUGCCGACUCCAGCCGACUGGACCAAUAGUUAAAAAACAAUUAUAGUAAAAGAGAUACGAAUAAUCAACAAAUAUUCCUUCGUCAUCAUUCCAACGAAAAAGAAGAAGAAGAUUCACGCAGACAAAUACAUACACAAAAAAUCCAAUCAACUCGUUAUCCUCGCUAUCCUCCACGUUAUAUUGCAUUUAAUACGUCUCCUCGUUUAUCAAGACCUCACCGUAGAAGAGAAAAUGAUGGUAUGACCCACAUUCUUCGACACAUGCAAAAAAAUUUGCACAUCCGUUUCAGCUUCGUCUCUUCCAAUAUGAUAAUAUUUAUUUGGAGCGUGGUUCGGUGAAGGGUAGAAUUUCUCGGCAUUGCUUUCUCCUCUCCCACACUUUCUCCCUCUCUCUCCGAAACGAACCCCUUCUUCUUCUGUCAAACCCAAACUUGAAGAAUUUUACGAGGGUAAAAAGUCGUCAAAAACGUCGACUUUUCCUCCUCGACACUUUCCACCCCUCCCUCUCUUUCCUCUCUCUAACUCUCUCUUUACAUAUGUAUUUCUACAUGCUAAAACUCUCUCAGUAUUGAUAAGGGACUGGUUCUACGAUAACAUACUUUUAAGAUAUUGUUGUACAACACACUAUACUGUGUCCGGCUGGCUAUAUUAAUGAUGCUAAAUAUCUAUGUACUUAAAAAUUGAUUGAUAUAUGUAUGGAUCGCCGGGUUCUAUGUAUUUAAAAUUGUUGUUAACUACUUUACUACUUCAUCAUCAUCAUCAUCAUCUCACGAUCAUUAUCAGGACUUCCAAAAAAACGCGUUUAGUAAAACUCUCUCUGAUGACGAUACUCGUAUUUACAUAAUUCACCAUACAGCGUUUAUAAAACUAUUCUAGACCUAGCGCCGCCGCUCAUUCCGGUUUCACUACACAGUUUCCACUAAUUAAUUAAUUAUUAUAUACGUCUUCAUUAAUCACUGUACCAAAAUUUUUCAGUUUCAGUCUCUCUCUCUCUCUCUCCACCACUUUUUCCGGGGGGGAAGGCAGGCGAUCGAGAGUUGCGAUCAAAUUUUUUAAAAGUAGAACUCUUCUCGAUAACAAACUGUACGCGUAAAAAAUACAUAAAUCGUUGUUUAGCCGUAUUUUAAGAAGGAGGAAAUAUUUAAGUAAGUAGCUGAGUGAUGAUCUCAAAAAAAGUGUGCAAUGCUUCUCAUUUCUCUUGCAUGAGCAUAUUUUUAUUUCUAUGAAAAAAAUCCACAAUGCAUAAUAGACAUAGAAUGUUUAGUAAGGAGAAAAAUAAUCCAGUUAAAAAAGUCAGGAAAAAGUUUUUUGAUGAUUAAUUUAUUUUGUGACGACUGACUAUCAAACACAAACGUUUGUUAAUGUUAAUAACUAACUAACAACACUAAAAAGUAUGUAGGUAUACAUACGUACAUAUAAUUAUGUAUGUAAAAGUACAGUGUAUGUAUGCAAUUUUUCGACUAUUCAUACAGGAUCGAAUUGUAAAUUUAUAUACUAAAAAAACGCAGCUACAUACAUACAUAAAUCUCCGCAAAAAAUAUGUAUGAAAUACAUACAAAACAAUGAAAUUUGUAAAAUGAGACCCCCUCUUUUAGGAAGUAAUCAAAAAUUUUAACAUUUUUUAGUGAGACAGGAAUUUCAAGAAUUCCGACAACUCUUAUUUUAUUAAGAAUUUCCAUUCGCACUAUUUACUUUUUUUUAUUAUUCAUAUUGAUUGAUUUUCUCGCAAUCAUCACAAUAAUACGGGGAAAAAUGGCUUGGUACGUAAAGAAAUAUGUGGUUAAAAAAUAGUUUGAAUUUUACUAGAAUUCCAACCAACGUGUAAAAACUAUGUAAAAUAUAAAAUAAUAAAACUAUAGGCUACAAGUUUUACUGUUGUACUCUUCCUAGUCCUGACUAACCAAAUAGGGGAAGAAAAUGGAUAGUUGACACAUAAAUGCACACAAAAUGUAGCUAAAUAAUAAUAAUAAAAUAGCUCUGAUAAUGAAAUCCUGCAUGUUUUCAGACCCCAUUUGUUGUUGUUAUUGUUCUUUUUUUUACCAAGGGGGAAUUAAUAAAAUAAUGAAAUGCAAUGAUGAGUCAUCACUAAACCUCUCAGUCUUCAAGAUAUAAUUUCGAUGUUUUUACAACCCCUAAAUAUAAAUAUAUCUAUAAAUAUAUAUCACAUAUUAUACUGUUUAGGGUAGUUAAAUAUGUACGUAUUUAAGGGCGAUAUAUUUAAUAGUGUAAUUAAUAUGUGGCAAAUAAAAUGAGGCAUAAAAAAUCAA